UAAAACACAUUUGACAAGGAUGCAGGAAAUGUAUGCAAUAAUAAUUUGUGCCUCUAUCCUUUACAAUGCUGAUGCUCAGGGAACCAUGGAUUCUAUUGUGAACAAUGCUAUUCAGAGUGCGUUCGGUGGCGGUGGAGGUAGAACACCCAUUGCAGCUUUUCUCGGAGGUCAGGGAGGGAUGGCUCCGGUCCCUGGGAGUAUAGGACAAAUUUCAGCAAGACGAACAGUAAGCAGAGGUGUAGGAUCUUUACCGACUCCAGGCUCUGGAUCAGGCUCUGGGGCCUACCGGGCCUUAGCCAGGUUUUCUCGGAGUAACUCGCCAGCUUAUAUUGCAAUGCUUCAUGACCGUUCGAUGAGGGCGUCUCUUGCAUCAAGAAUGAUAGCACAAGACCCGGCAGUUGGAGGACCUACAGGAGAUGGCUUUCAGAGAGUAAUCUCAGAUCCCCAGAUUACAUCAAGCUAUCAAAGAGCAUUCAUUCCAUACUGUUAUCAGAUGCCAGCUUGUAACGUUAGUGAACCCUAUCGACGAACAAACGGACAAUGUAACAAUUUGAUUAACCCCCUCCUGGGAUCUUCAAAUACGCCACAACAAAGAGUUUUACCUGCUGCGUACGAGAACUGGAUUGAUACUCCAAGAACUCGUUCCCGGGUUGGGAAUAUGCCCUUGCCAAGUGCUCGAACAGUCAGUAACAACGUGUUCCAGUUCAUUGGAGGGGACAUGACCCCUGUCAGCGCCGCUUACUCUACCUACCUCACCCACCACGGACAAUUCAUUGAUCAUGACGUCAUUUCCACCCCAUCUGUAGAGUUACAAGAAAAUGACUGUUGUCUUCCAGUAAGAAUGCAACAAAACCCAGAAGCUUGUUUUAGCAUAGAGGUAGUACAAACGCCACCUGAUCCCUUUUUUCCACCAGACAAAACCUGCAUGAACUUCGUCCGCCAUGCUGGUGCUCCGACAAUGGGAUGCAUGAACGGUGUUCGCGAGCAAAUCAACCAGAGAACAGCUUUUGUGGACGGCUCAAUGAUUUAUGGCUCUGAAGUCAGCUUAGAGCUUGAGCUAAGAGGGGGAGUAUCAAGAGAAUUAGGACGACUUGCUGUAGACGAUCAGAAUCUGCUCCUUCCCAAUCCUAAGGGAUGUCCCGCUUUGGCACCCCGAGCAAUGCGCCCAUGCUUCAAAGCAGGAGAUCACAGGCAAAGUGAGACACCAACGCUAACUGUUCAACACAUCACGUGGUUAAGACGUCAUAAUAUCAUCGCUGACGCAUUAAGAGAAGCUACUGGCAUCACGAAUGACGAGACUCUUUUUCAGGAAGCCAAAAGAAUUGUAAUAGCAGAGCUUCAACAUAUAACAUACAAUGAGUUUUUGCCUGCCAUUCUUGAUAAUUUACAUAUGAAUUCUUUCAAUCUCAAAUCAAAACUAGUAGGACAUGCUGAAUCUUACAACCCUAAGGUUGACCCAAGAACAAUAAAUGCAUUCGGUGUUGCAGCCUAUCGUAUGGGUCAUAGUUUAGUCAGAAAUACUGUAGGUCAUGAUUUAGGGAACGGAGAUCGUUUUACUUUUCCGGUGAGCGAACACUUCGAGCGUCCUGAUUUGAUGUAUGAAAAGGGCUAUGAAUUCAUGGCUCAUUGGAUGUCACGAGAACCCAAAUCUAGGUCUGACAGAUUCUUGGUAGACGGUAUUAGAAAUAGAUUGUUUGAAUUUCCACCAAUGCCAGGAACGUCCCCAUCAGAAACAUUGUCUAUGGAUUUGGGAGCCUUGAACGUACAGAGAGGCCGUGAUCAUGGCAUACCUCCCUAUAACUCUUACAGGGAAUUCUGUGGACUUCAAAAAGCGCGUUUCUUUGCUACUGCCCCAGGGGGACUGGUCGAUCAUACUCCACAAGCAGCAGCUGCACUUCAGAGAACCUAUCUACACCCUGAUGAUAUAGACCUCUUUGCUGGUGGUAUGUCUGAGAUUCCUCGACCAGGAAGUAUUCUAGGGCCCACGUUCCAAUGUCUCAUCGCUCUUCAGUUUAGCUUCUACAAACAUGGCGACCGUUUCUGGUACGAGCGCACUUCCCCCGAAAACCCAGUGGCUGCUUUUACAUCUGCCCAACUUGCUCAAAUCAAACAGAUCACGUACUCAAAGAUUCUCUGCUCUGUCGUAAAGAAUAAUGGCAUCAUUCCAUCCUUCCAACCUAGAUUAAUGUUACGACCUAACAUUCAAGGUAAUUCGCCAGUGCCAUGCACAUUGCUUUUGCAAGGGAGUCGCCUUGGAUUCGACAUUAGGCCAUUUGCACAACAGCUGCUUCAAUUAGGCGGUCGCCGACGCUGAGGGACAUUAAAGCUUAGGCAACUUAAUCCAGGCGUGCAACGAAAAACCCUUUAUCGAAAUUAAUGGAUAGUCGUAUGAAAACAGAUAUAAUGCGUGUGAUUCCCAUAAAUUAUAGAUCGUAUAAAAGAAGAGCAAUAGAGGAAGUUCUGGAAAUACGAAAAAACACUAAAAAUUUCAAGUUUUAGCAUUAAUGUUAAUGUGAUGCUUGAACUAUGUUACUGGUUUACAUUUAGAAUAGUGUUGUCUGUUGCAACAAUAGUCCAGAAUUCUCUCAUUUUAGCCAGGUGAAUAGGACAGCAAUGCCAUAUUAACAUUGUACAGGAAAAUUAGACUUGACAAUUCGAUUUUUUCUUAAAUCUGAUGUGUUUCUCUUCAUUAACAUGUGUUGCUUUCCAAAUUGUAUGCUUUAACCCCCCCCCCCCCCCCCCACUGCCCAAUAAGUAAAACUUAAACAAUAAAAAGAUUUUAAGAAUCAAGAAAACAGGUUCACAGUUUUUUCAUGUAUAGCUCCUUAUUUAAAACUAGUGUUCCAGGAAACACAUGUGUC